AAUGUUGACUUGACCGCUUCACCGUGUCGCCCAUUUUCGGAAAUGUCUCGAAGAUCUGCAAUCCCGUCUUUGGAGGCGUCGCAACAAGCUCACAUUGACGACCUUGUCCAACGAAAUCGAUCUCUGGAACAUUCCGUCAAGUUAAUUCGUGACGAGCUUGACCAGGAAAAAGCUCGUUCCAAGCAAGCCUUGUCAGACGUCCAUAAACGAUGGAAGGCAGACCAGAAGGAGUGGCGCGAAGGCGUCGAUGUCCUAUUGUCCUGCCAUCGCAUCGCUCUUUGGCGCAAGACCAUAGACCUUCAAACAGAGAGGCUCAACAUUCUUAAAGAGGAAGAGGACAUACGGCUGGGAAAGAUUUCUCGACUACAACGGGAUUUCAAGAUUACACAAUUCCAGCAGAGCGAGAGCCAAUAUAUCUCUCGACAAGAACUCCUGGAAGACGAAAUACAGGCUUUGAACAAGAAGCAGAGUAUUCAAAAGGAGAAGUGGAGAGCUCAAAGUGCUGAACUCCUCGCUAGGGUUCAAGAUAGGGAAGCCAGGGUCGAGGCUGCUACUACAGAGGUUGAUAGAUUGUCGAAGGAACUGACAGCUCAACGUGAAGAGACCGCGCGGCAGAAGAACAUGUACCAAUCCACAGCUCCCCAAAUGGAUCGUCUACGUCUGCAAAUUGAGGGGGCCGAAGCCAAGCAAGCCGAACUACACCGAGAGAACGAUGAUCUUCGACGGGCCAAACAUGAGCUGGACCGCCAGCUUGGGAAAUGGCAAAACCUCGAGACGAAGGGCGGGGCAGACAUGGAAAAGGAGAGAAAGCGACGAAUCGAACUGGAAGCUGAAGUUCAGGCCCUUCAGAAUCGGUUGGAAAAAACGAAAGACAAAGAAAAGCACAAGGUUGAUAAGUUGAAAGAGUCUUUGGCGGAGUGGCAGACCCACGCAGAAUCUGAGCGGGAAGCUAUGGAGGAAACAAAGCGACGCCUCGAUCAAACCGAAACGAAGAAUGCAAAAUUAAAGGCGGCGUUGGAGAAAGAACGCGCAAAGGCAAGGAGCCGCGCUACAGAGGUAACGACUCCCAAAGCCACUAUGAUUAUCGACGAAAAAGACGACGAAGGGGAGGAAAAUGUCAAGUCAUCUUCACACACAUCCACACCUCAGCCCCAACCCAAGUCGCGAGCUAAAUCCAAUGCUGCGCCCAAAGUUGCCAAGGUGAAAACCACGGAAGUAGAGAGCGUCGAGGUCGAAGAUAUUCUGCUAGGAACCACGAAAGGCGAAGGCAAAGGCAAAGCUACCGAAAGCGAUGCUAAGUCCUCCACGUCUCGAUCCCGAUCCCGAUCAGACAGGCACGAGGAUAGUAACAUUGAAGAAAUACAGGCUCCGAAAUCUGCACCGAAAGAGAAGGAGGCCACUACAAGGAAGUCGAAACGCAAAGCAGCCAGCCCUGAUAGCGUGAUCGAAGUUGAAGUGCCCAAAGCAAGGAAGAGAGCUGGCAGUGAAGUGAAGGAUGUUGCCCCAAAGGCCAAGCGAGCGAGGUCUGCAACAGUAAGUCGGGCAGGCAGUGUUCAGCCUGUCGACCAAGGCACGGCACAAACGGCGGAGGGCCCUGUGAAGAAAGCGAGACGAAAGAUCAACAUCUUCCCGCCUCCGCCUACCUUUGGUCCUGCAUUUGAUUUUGGUAGUCAGGAGGGUGCUAGCAGUUUGAAUAUACCAACAGCGUUGUCGCCAGUGAAAGCAUCUGAAGUACCACCCCACGUCUCUAGUUUUGGCAGUGCGCUCAGCAAGUACACUGGGAGCAUUGCACGUCGGGCAUAAAUACCAUUUGUAAAAUUUCAUCUAAAUCUUAUU